UACUACUGGUGGGAGGAAGAUGGCAGAGAGUGGCUCGACAGUGGAUCAGAAGGUGAAGGAUGGAAGGAACAAGUAUGCCUUUGCCUGUUCCUUCAUAGCUUCUUUCAUCUCUGUCUUGAUGGGUUACGACACAGGGGUCAUGAGCGGCGCCAUGCUGUUCAUCCAAGAAGACCUCAAGGCCACCGACGGUCAAAUCCAAGUCCUCGCCGGGAUCCUCAACGCCUGCGCCUUGGUAGGAUCGCUGACUGCUGGCAGGGUCUCCGACUGGAUCGGCCGCCGCUACACCAUCGUCGUCGCCGCCGCCAUCUUCUUCCUCGGUUCGCUCCUCAUGAGCCUGGGGCUCAACUUCGCCAUGCUAAUGGCAGGCAGGUGCGUCGCGGGCGUCGGCGUCGGAUAUGCUCUUAUGAUCGCCCCCGUCUACUCCGUGGAGGUCUCCUCCCCGUCCUCCCGCGGCUGCCUCAGCUCCCUGCCGGAGAUGUGCAUCAGCCUCGGCAUCCUGUUCGGCUACCUCUCCAACUACAUCUUCGGGAAGCUCCCGCUGAUCUACGGUUGGCGCUUGAUGCUCGGUGUCGCCAUGGUCCCUUCCGUUGCCCUGGCCUUCAGCAUCUUCGCCAUGCCGGAGUCCCCGCGGUGGCUGGUCAUGCAGGGCCGCAUCAAGGACGCGAGGGACGUGCUGCGACGAGUGUCAAACACCAAGGAGGAGGCGGAGCGCCGGCUGGAGGACAUCAAGGCCACCGUGGGGAUCGACAGGAGCUGCACCGAAGACGUGGUGCAAGUUGUGAGCAAGCACCACGGGGAAGGCGUGUGGAAGGAGCUGCUGCGACCGACGCCGACCGUGAGGCGCAUCCUGACGGCCACCAUCGGCAUCCACAUCUUCCAGCACGCCACCGGGAUCGAAGCCAUCGUCCUCUACAGCCCGAGGAUCUUCAAGAAGGCGGGCCUGGUGACCAAGAACCAACAAUUUCUUGCCACCAUCGGCGUCGGCGUCUUCAAAACACUGUUCAUCUUGGUGGCCAUCCUCCUCGUCGAUAAGGCCGGCAGGAGGAAGCUGCUACUCACCAGCUUGAGCGGGAUGAUUCUCUCUCUCACAGGGCUUGGGACUGUCAUGACGCUGGCGAGGCACUCACGGGAGAAGCUACUUUGGGCGCAGGUAUCGUGUGUGGUGUUUGUGUUCUCCUUCGUCACCUCCUUCUCCAUUGGGCUCGGCCCCGUAACCUGGGUCUACUGCUCUGAGAUCUUUCCUCUGAGGCUGAGGGCACAAGGAACCAGCUUGGGCGUGGCAAUCAACAGGCUGAUGAAUUCCGCCAUGUCCAUGUCCUUCAUCUCACUCUACAAGGCCAUAACCAUCGGCGGUGCCUUCUUCCUCCUUGCGGGCAUCGGGGUCGUAGCAUGGGCCUUCUACUUCUUUUGCUGUCCUGAGACAAAAGGGAGGGCCCUGGAGGAAGAGAUGGAGCAGGUCUUCAACAAAGGAAGCAACACAAAUCCUCGGAACAAGCAAGAAGACGAGAAGGAAAGAGUUAAAGCUUGAUGAUGCCUAGGCAAAAUACAGAGACCUACUAGAUUCUUGGGCACAAAGGGUGGUGAAUGAUUCCUUCCUUCGUCUUCUCCAUAAGGUGAUACGAUGACUUCAAUCGGCACAUAUGAGCCUGGAUGCAACAAAGCUGUUCAUGUUAUCUCCUUUUCGUAUUUUUGUAUCCACUACAGAAAGGUUCCACUGCCUAAAGUAAGUGUGCUACUUUGAAGCAUCGUGUUCAUGUA